AAGACAGAAUUUAGCUUAACUUUACAUUUUCCUUAUUUAAUUUUAUAUAUGAUUUCUCUUAAUUUGAUUAUUUUGUGAAGAACUUGUUUCAUUUCACCAUUAUUCAAUCUUUUACAUCGUUGAAGAGAGUUAGUAUAUAUAGGAUAAGAUACCAUUGUCGUCGUCGUUGUCAUCGUCACAAUUUACCAAAACAAAACUUGAUUGUAAAAAAGAGAGAGAAAUUGCUUAGGGUUCCAUUUACAAGAAAAAAAACCCUUUUCACUAAUUUCAAUUUUUGUUUAUUCACGAAAACCACAAAAAACACAUCCUUUAUCUUCUUCAACUUCGAGGUUCACUCUCUGUGUCACCUCAAAUCUACUAUUUCGGUGGUCUUUCUUGGGAUUCUUUUCAUUAAAGUUUACAAGUUGGUGGCUUUCAAACAAUUAUAUGGGGAACUGCUUGGCUAAGAAGUCUCACACUAAGGAUGAUGAUUCUGAUCAACAUGUGGAGUUUGCUUCUGGGAAUGUGACACUUAUUACCACCAAAGAAUCUUGGGAGCAAAAGUUGGAAGAAGCAAGGAAGGAUGGCAAAAUUGUGCUUGCGAACUUCAGUGCAGUGUGGUGCGGUCCUUGCAAGGUUAUUGCGCCAUAUUACUGUGAGAUGUCUGAGAAAUACACGUCUAUUAUGUUCUUAUUAGUUGAUGUGGAUGAACUAACGGACUUCAGCACUUCAUGGGACAUCAAAGCCACACCGACUUUCUUCUUUCUUAAAGAUGGACAAGAAAUUGACAAACUUGUAGGAGCAAACAAGCCAGAGCUUGAGAAGAAACUUGUUGCUAUUGCUGAUUCAGCUCCUCCUCAGAAUAAACAACAGUCACUUGUUUAAUUUCCUGUUUGUAGAUGCUGUGGCCUUUCUUUCUUCCCUCACAAGUCACAAAUUCAUGACUAUGUUUUGCAGUGAGUGUCUUUGCAAUUGUUUUUUCUUGGAUGUAAAUAUAAAAUAUUUAUCAUGAAUGUCUCUGAUUCAAAGUAAUGUUGAUGUAGUUAAAAAAUCAUGUUGUGCAAAUAUAACAUUUGUUCUACAAAACUGAUUAAUUUGUUCUGCAAAAGUGAUUAGAUAUGGAAUGGUGGCUGUGUGACCCAAUAGAUGACACUUUGACAUGA